AUGCUAACCAGAAGCAGGGCGGAGUCCAGUCUUCUGGGUGAAGCUCGGACGAGGUGGGGGCAGCCUCUCGAGGCAUCCGUGGCUUUGCAUCUGACGAAGCUUAAGCUUUCUUCCUCGAAAAACUGGUGCCGCGGUAAAUGCGUCGCCAGGUUUUCUCGGGUAUGUGUGUGCGCGCGCGCGCGCGUGUUCCUUCCACAUUCUUUGUAGGGUUCUCCCCACCCCACCCCCCGCCGUUUAAAAACAAAAGUGGAAAGUGGGUCGUCGGGCCAGGGCGUAAGAGCGGCUGCUGCUGCUCCUGCAGCAGAACUACGUCUCGAUCGUCACCACCACCAGUGCCGCGGCGGCGGCUCCAGGAAGCUCCUGAGGACAUGCGAGGAGGGAGGGAGGCGAGGAGUGGGAGCGAGGGAGGCGGGCCGUGGCGCAGAGCAGGGUUGUGGCAGGCUGUGCGCGCGCGCCCGCGCCUCUCCCUCCCUCUCUCUGGCCGAGUUUGUAAACACAACCCUCGCGCUGAGGUGGGCGGAGCGCGACCGCCCUGCCGCUCCGGAUUGGCCUCGAAUCCUCGGCGAAUGUUUUUACAGUGGCGACUGGGCGGGCGCCUAGCCCUGUGUUUGGAGAAGCGGUCAGAGCGCGGCAGUGCCCUCCUGGCGGGCUGUGUUUUGUGCGUGCGGCGGGAGCAGCGGCAGCAGCGGCGGAGAGCUUGUUCUCCCGGCUCGCGCGCGCGGCGUGUGUAUAUGUUUGUGCGCGUCGCCCUCUUCGCCUCUGCCUUCGCGGAGGAGGAGCAGGGUCAGCCUAGGGGAAGUUUCGGGUUUGCCUCGAGAUGACUCAGACGCCAUAAAGCGUAAGUAGCGGCCGGGGGAUGGGUGCGUUUGCGAGUGUGUGUGUGUGGGAUGGGCUUGUGGGCCGGGGUCUCUCGGUGUGCGUGCCUGUGUCUCCACCCCUUCUUCUUAUCCCCUCCCCCUUUUUGUGUUUGCCCGUCUCUGGGUCUGUUAUUCUCCUGCCUUGAGCUCGCUCUCCCUUUGUUGGGUUUCAUAGCGGGAAGGGAUUUGUCCUCCACGUUCCCGGUCGGGCUGCCGCCCGGUGUCGUUUCCCAACGAGCACUCUUCAGACCGAGGAGAAGCGACUUGAGCUUGCAGUUGAAUUUAUUUUCAAGUCACAGCGCGGGUGUUGCCCCCACCUCCCUCUCUCCUGCUCCCCUCCCCCCAAAGCCUCUUCCCAGGCUUUGCCUUUGCAUGGCUAUUUUUCCCACUACUCCCCACCUUUUUGUUCCGUGCUUGUGAUGGUUUUUCGAACUUUUUGUAUGCGUGUCUUUAAAUUGACAUUUUUCUUCAACCUGUUGUUGGUUGCCUCUCAAUCGGGCAACGAUGGAGCGCUUAGUCAAGUCACGCUAGACAUUUUGGAAAGAAAGUAAAUAAAGGUGAGUUGGAGCGGGUGGUGGUGUCUCCUCUUUUCUCCCUGCCGGAGUGACCGACUGUGGUUCGUUUCUUGCUGUUCCCUUUUGCCAUCGACCGAAACAAAAUGUAAAUAAGAGUCGCCGUGGCGUCUCGAAAGGUUUCGAAGUGAAACGUUUCCUUGCGUCUUUUUCUUAGCCCUAUAGCAGAGAGAAGGAUUUGGUGGUGGCGAACCAGCCGUAGAAAGGAUGAGGGGAGGGGAGGAGUGAACGGAGGAGCACUUUGCAGUGUACAAACGCUAUUGUUGUGACGCACUUUUACAACUGAUUGCUCUUGCCAAACCUUCCAGACUUGCUGUGAUCAGCAUAUUCAGUAGAACAAUGGAGAGAGAGCCUGGCCGACUUCCCUGUCCUGCACAAUCACGGCAUCGACUGCUCACUUAACAUUUCAACACUGUAUCUGAUCCUCCUGUCUAACGACUUGGAGAGGAUUGGUGAUCCAAGUUAAUAUUCCUUUUUCUUUCUUUUCUUAGCCAGUUGAACCACCUCCCCCCUCCCCCACAAUCAAACUUGGAAUGCUUGCUCAGCUGGCUAGCAAGUUUUGUCUUCCAACUUUUGUUGUACUUGUUUUUCUUUUCACCAGGAGAAGCUUUUUUUGUGAAUGACGUUGGACUGGAUAAUACAGGUUGACAUCUUCAACAGUGCUCACUUUUACUUUUAAUUCUGGCAUGCUGGUUAAUUUGUACAUGAAAAGGGGAUGGAAAACACACAGUGGUUUGUAUUUGUAUUGUAUUUCUUAAUGACUGCACUGCAAUUCCACCACUAUUAACCUAGUCUUGGGUGAACAUUAUGUGUAAUUUCAGUUGCCUUUCUCUUUUUCUCCUCUUAUUUUCCAGGGGGAGAACACAAAUAAAAGGCCCAAUGGCAAAACAAUCUUCUGAUUUAACUUCUGAGUGCGGUAGAGAGGGUGGACAAUUGCAGCCUGCUGAAAGGCCAGCUCAGCAUCUUCGGCCUGGGGCCCCUACCUCCUUACAAACUGUGUACCAAGGUAAUCAUUCGGGCGAGCGGGACACUUCAUCACCCAGUAGCCCUCAGGGACCACUGGCACCACCCUCCAGCCCCAGUCCGUUUGCUACCAGAUCCCCGUUGUUCAUAUUUGUAAGAAGAUCCCCACUGCUGUCCAGAUCCUCCAGUGGGUAUUUCUCUUUUGACACCGACAGGAGUCCUGCACCUAUGA